UCACACUGAGAAAACCGUUGUGAACCAACAAGUUGGGUGAGAAGAGAUCGUCAGAUUCUAUCAGAGACCAGGACAAGUGAAAAGGCCACGUUCUAUGCAAGGGGGUGGAUAUCAGCUGAGCAAACGGCUAUAUAAAUCUGCCAAUGUCAACAGCUAGCAACACUUGAUCUACAGCAAACUGGCAGAGUUUCAGUCAGAUACUGUGCAUAGUUUGAGAUCCAACACGUCCAACUACAAUAUUGUUCUUUUACACUUCUGUUUUUAGGUUGAUAACAGAUCUGUUAUCAAUUGUGUAGACCCUGUGCCAUAAGGACGCAUUGCCAGACUGGUUUUUGGGAAUACAGAAAGUUUUGUGAGUCGUUGUACGAACAAUCGUAAACAAAAUGGCGGGUGACGAAGAAGAACGAACAAGCGAUCAGAGCUCGCAGGGUCCCCCGCAACCCGAAAUGGACACGCUCGUCCCAACACGAGAGGACCGAUACAGAAAUGGCACGGCCUCGCAUUCGCCGACCACCCCAACAUCCGGCAUCAGCCAGAUGUCCCACGUGUAUUACGAAGACCCGGAAGAGACCACUUGCGGGUGGGGGCCGUUCAGCCCCGCUUGCUGCCAGUUCUUCGCUAACCCUAAGGCAAUUCUCUUCUUCCUGUCUUGGCUCGCGUUCACGCAAGGUAUGGUGGUGAACGGAUUCGUCAAUGUCGUGAUUACGACGAUUGAGAAGCGGUUCAGUUUGCAGAGUUCGGAUACGGGGCUCAUCGCGAGCUGCUACGACAUCGCGUCGGUGCUGUGCCUUGUAGUGGUGAGCUAUCUCGGCGGGACCGGGCGCAAGCCACGUUGGUUGGGCUGCGGAGCAAUAAUCAUGGGAUUGGGCUCGCUUGUCUUCGCCUUACCGCACUUCCUCACCCCCACGUACCAAUACAAAUCCAUCGGGAUGCAAUCCACGUGUAGUAUCGCCGCAAACUCCACGGAUAUGUGCAUGAAGGACGAUAAGCUGUUGUCGAACUACAAGUACCUACACAUGCUGGGGCAGCUGCUGCAUGGUAUGGGCGCGACCCCCCUCUACACCCUCGGUGUGACGUACCUGGAUGAAAACGUCAAGGCAACGUACUCUUCUGUGUACUUAGGUGUCUUCUACGGCCUGUCCCUGAUUGGUCCAGCUGCAGGUUACCUCAUGGGCAGCCAGUUCCUGGGCUUCUUCACUGAACUCACCAGUGUUGACAUCACCCCAGACCACCCCCUGUGGGUAGGUGCGUGGUGGGUAGGUUUUCUCCUGGCUGCCAUCAUGUCCUGGGCUGUCGCCAUCCCCAUUUUGGGCUACCCGAAGAACCUACCAGGUUCCCUGAGGCAUCGCAUGAUGAGGGAGUCGGAGGUCCACGCAACAGCGACCAACACCAAAGCGAAUGAUCCGGAGUUUGGUCGCUCUCUGAAAGACCUUCCGCGGUCCAUCUUAUACCUGCUGAAGAAUCCGACCUUCAUGUUUCUCAAUCUCGCCGGUGCCACGGAAGGGACGCUGCUCACGGGAUUCUCAACGUUUGGUCCAAAGUUCUUGGAGUCACAAUUUGGGCUUAGUGCCUCAUCUGCAUCCAUGUUAAUGGGUUUUGUGGUGGUGCCUGGUGCAGGUGGCGGUGCUAUACUAGGUGGUGUUCUGGUGAACCGGCUCAAACUGAAGUGUGUCGGUAUAAUCCGGUUCUGUCUGGCGUUCAGCCUGGUCGGACUGCUGGGCUGCUUCGUGUUUCUCCUGCAGUGUAACAACGUGCCGUUUGCGGGAGUCAACACUGCCUACACGGGACUAAAUCAGACAUCAUACAGUCUCACUAGCACGUGCAACACAGACUGCCAUUGCUCCCGUGACCGGUAUGAUCCAGUUUGCGGAAAUGACAACACGGUCUACUUCUCGCCAUGCCACGCUGGAUGUGGAGGCCUGACCACCCAAUCAGGUGGCAAGGUGUACACCAACUGUUCGUGCAUCGCGCCCGAUCCGUUCAGUAACAUGACGACAGCGGUACCAGGAAAGUGCACGCCGGAGUGUGCGUACCUCCAACCACUCUUCCUGGGUGUUCUCUUCAUUAUCAUCCUCUCCAUGUUCCUGCUGUCCAUCCCGUCGCUAACGGCAACGCUCAGAUGUGUUCCUGAUACACAGAAGUCUCUAGCAGUUGGAAUACAGUGGAUUCUUGUUCGAGUCCUGGGUACAAUCCCCGGCCCGAUCUUGUUCGGCGCGAUUAUCGACCAGACGUGUAUCCUGUGGCAGGAGAAGUGUUCGGAGCAGGGCUCGUGUUACCAGUACGAAAACGCCAACCUCAGCAAAUGGAUGCUCGUUCCCGCGAUCAUCUACAAGUUCCUGUCCACGCUCUGGUUCUUCUUGGCGCUCUUGUCGUACAAACCACCAAAAACGCCGUAUUCGCCGAACGACGUUGACUCUGGGGUGGCCGAUGAGGAGUUGGAGGUCAAGGUCACCACGUUGUAGCCAUGCACCCCCUACUUGGUAAUGGUUAGGUCCAGGUGAAAGGUCACUGCAGAAUGAAAAAUUUGGAUGAUCUCAUUUUGCAUCAGGGGGUGGAAAAAAAUUUUUUUUUUUAGAAAUGUUACAGCAUGGAGGUAAGAAGUGUGAUUUUUUUACCUCCAUGGUUAGAUUCUGUGCACUCUACAAGGAAAAACAAAAUGUGCUGGCAAAACCACUACAGCAAUAGAUAGAAGGUUGACCUAUAUUUUACGGACCUAAUUAACAGGGCUAAUUAAUAGAAUGCUAAUUACUAAAAUGUGUUAAUUUCACAGCAUUUAUAAUUAGCAUUAAAAAUUGCUUGCAGUAAUCAAAAGACUAUCAAAAUCUGCAAUAAACAGAAAUGAGUACUUAUUGUACAUUGUAGAUGUUGAAAUUCGUUAGAAAUAACCAAGACAAUGCAAGCUAUCAGAUAUUAAUAUGUGAAAUCAAAUAGGGAAAGGUUAUAUAUUUUGCAUAAUGGAAGAUGUAAAUAUGUUGUUUUUUUAUGAUGAAAUGGAGUGAAAUAUGUACAGGAGAGCUUAAAGUUAAGUCUGAUUCUUCACAAAACUUUAAAGCUCUCACAAAAUCAUCAUCAUUAUAUUAGCAUAGUGACAGGGAGGGACCAAAAAUGGACAUAUUCAAUUUCCUGGGCAAACUUUGCUCAGAACGUUCCAGAUUUCUGCAAGGGAGGACAGAAGAAAGUGUAUUAAUUUAUUAAAAUUAUGCUCAAAUUUGUGACCUUUGCCAUGUGUUGACCUAAAAUUGAUCCCUAAACAUGUUUACCACUAGCCUCACCCAAUGAGACAGUUUAUUUUUCAGUUGUAGCUCUUUAAUUUAAAAUCCCACUUUUUGUACUCAAAGAAGCCUGACAAAGCUAACUUUGCAGUGGGGGUAAAGACGUGAGGUUUGACAUACAAAUGUGUUUUGAAGUGAAGUGAAGGUCUUUUACUGGUCCCUUCCCUGACCUACAGUGUAUAAUUGAGGGGGAGGGGGGCAUGUACAUGUAUAUACUGUUCUAGUAUCCGAGAAUCUUUCAUCACAUCCACUAUAAUGUCGUAUGACUAGAGACAAAAAACACUCACUCAAGAUUCUGCACAAAUAACAUAACAAGAACAUGUGCCGCAGAAAGCUUCUGUAAUGAUAUAACAAUCUGUAUAUAUUGACAAUGAAUAUGACAAUGAAUAUUUUAAGGAAAGCUACUGAAUGCCAUAUAUACGUGAUAGGAAUGUCAUCUAGACCAGUGUUCUAGUCAGAAGCCAUCUAUCCAUCAUUUUACGGAAUUUUGCCACUCAUGACGGACAAAAAUUUUCCCAAUCUGUCAUUUUUGACAGACAAAAAUCUUGUAAGCUUAGUUUAGCAGCAACAGUUGUCCCUCAAAAUGUGUGGGGUCGUGUGGCGCAACGGCAGCGUGCGCGACUCGGAAUCAAGGGGUCCCGGGUUUGAGUCCUGACAUGCCACCGAUCUUAUGCCCUUGGGAAAGGCACUUUACACGACUUUCCCCUCUAGACUCAAGUGAAAAUGAGUAUUGUCUGUCCAGUAUCCGUCUCUAUGUGCAGGACACAACACCAGCAACAGCUGCCUCUGUUCCACGUGUAUUGCACUGUUGCAAUUUCAAUAGAUCAAAUCAAAUCAAAUCAAAUGCAGGAAACAGUAUUUCAGAGGGUCAAGGAUUUCAAAAUUUUCAUGAAUCCAAGAUUGUUGUGCCUACCAGAGCAAAGGGACAAGACAUUUUGUCAAAUGAAAUUGAGAUGAUGAAAAAAAAUCGGACUGGCUAGAACACAGGUCUACACUACUGAAUGCAAAAAGAUCAAGCUUGGAAUUCACAUAGGAACAAACCUUUAAAGAUGUACAUAUAGAAAGCUUGUGUUACCAUUUAAAAUAACAGGAACUACAAAAAUGUAUAUUGAAAUAAUGUCCUAAAAUUUCUACCAAUGUACCUUUUAAGUUUUUAAGGCAUGGGUGGCGGUAGAAUUUAAUGUAUUAUAUAGGAAACAAAGAUAUAAGUUAAGUUAAAAGCCAUGGCCAUAUGAACACGGUAAGAUAGUAGAUAUUUUUGUAGCACUUUAAAAAGUAUAACGGGACCACAGCAAGUGUUUAUGUUUAUAUUGUUGAGUUUUGUUUGGAAGUUUGAAAUAUUGUAUUCCAUUGUGAGCUUGAAACAGCAAUACAGGGCAUUUGACCCGAAUUAGAAGUUAAACAUCAAAUUACAGUGAUUCUUUGGCUUGAUAACCAUACACCGGCAUUAUAUAUAUACAGUAGAGAGCCAGUAUGGUUUAAAAGUGCUUGUGUUACAGUUUUAAGUUCCAUAUUUUGUGCAGAAAGAAACAAGUCUUCCAAAUCCAACAUGUAAAUGUACAGUCAAACCUGCACAAGUGACCACCUCUACAAAAGGACCACCUGGCCACCAUUAUAUAUUUUUUCCCAUUGACACAAGCAUGAAGAUUCCUGUCUAUAGCAUAGCGACCACCUGUCCAUAAAGACCAGAUUGUCUCAAUCCCCAGAGUGGUCGUCUAGGACAGUUUUGACUGCACAGAAAAAGAAAAUUGAGUCACUGCUAUUGGCUAAGGUACCAUGCAUAGAUGCAUGUAUAUUUCAAAAUAGAGUUCUGUCAAAUUUUGUCAAGAAAUAAGCCAUAUCACAACUAUAUGAAAAUAAGGCCUAAUUAGAUGGUAGACAUACAUUUUGUACUGAAAUAUGAUUUGGUUGUUUAAAACAUUUCUUUGAACAUUGCAUAAUUGCAGACAAUCUUGUGAGUGAAAUUGUUAUGAUUGAAAUAUGUUCAGCAAAGGAGUUGAAUUUUAUAUCUACAAAUGUACAUAGCGUUAUGAUCUCUGCUUUUGAGCAAUAGCAAAUUUAAAAACAGUAUCGAAUACUGUUAUUUUUUGUCUUUCGCCUU